UGAUUCAACCAGAACAGACCAAAUGCACACUAACGUUUGUCCACAUACUUUUGGCUACAAAUUGAAGUUUCUCCCCUUUUUUAGUUCAGUUUCAGGCGCAGGGACGUGUUUAUGUGAGCCAUUUAAUUGAAGAACUUCAAUACCCACAAUGCCCCUGCUCAAAGGUUGACUAAUCGAGCGUAGACCCAUCGUUCCGCUCUGCCUCCUCGCCCACUCUCACCGGCCACUUUUCUCCCAACAGUCGCAUCCUGACUGCGAGCUCCGGCGCUACCGUUAGCUAGCUAAUAAGGGAGUAGCAAGCCCUUCUUACUGAGGAAAUUCUGUUUUUACACCUCAGCAUUAUGUCAUUCUGCUGAGUAAUUCGUUUGGGAAAAUGAAUAUGCGAUUUUUCCGCACUAACACGCCUCCUAGAAAACAAAAUUCCCUCCGUAAAGUCCGCUUUUUCACUUCGACCUCGGUAGCUGAACGGGUUUAGCAGUCAGUUCGUUUUGACAAGCGAGUGGCUCAUCUGUCCGCCGCUGCUGCUGCUCUGUGACGGGGUGGGGGGGCGUUUGGACAAAGCCAGUCAGAUGUUGGACGGUAGAAAUAUCUACCGGGUUGUGAAAUUGAAUUAUCAAGCUGAUUAUCUGUCGUCAAAGUGCCAGGAAUAAAGGGAGGAGUAAGGUCUAUUUUUGGAGGGCGAGAGUUUGGAUCUCGCACCGAAGGAAGGGGUAGGGGGUGUGCGGAGGAGGAGGACCCGCAGAGAAGAAGGGACGUAGGGGGGAGAAAAUCCUGAUGCCAGUGAUGGCAAACGAGCCGAUCAUCCUAAACGUCUAUGAUAUGUACUGGAUCAAUGAGUUUACCAGCUCUUUGGGUAUCGGAGUCUUUCACUCAGGGAUUGAGGUCUAUGGAAGAGAGUUUGCCUAUGGCGGACACCCGUACCCAUUCUCAGGGAUCUUUGAGAUUACACCAGGUGAUGCAACCGAACUUGGCGAUACCUUUAAGUUCAAAGAAGCCAUAGUCUUAGGCAGCACAGACUUCACAGAGGAGGAUGUGGAGCGGAUCGUGGAGGAGAUGGGGAAGGAGUACAAAGGCAACGCCUACCACCUCAUGCACAAGAAUUGCAACCACUUCUCCUCAGCACUGUCAGAGAUCCUGUGUGGCAGGGAGAUCCCUCGCUGGGUCAACCGCCUGGCCUACUUCAGCUCCUGCGUGCCAUUCCUCCAGAGCUGCCUGCCCAAAGAGUGGCUGACCCCGGCUGCCUUACAGUCCAGCGUCAGCCAGGAGCUCCACGGAGGGGGGGAGCUGGAGGAGGCCGAGGACGCCGCUGCAACAGCCUCCCUGGCAUCCAUGUCGCCCUGCUCCCCAUCAUCCUCCUCCAGCCCUUCCUCCUUGCCUCGCCAUUCCCGACACCAGCCCCGCCGGUAGAAGCUGCACGUUCUGUUGGGAAACUUGGGGCUGGACUUGUGGUCUCCAGAGACUGUCAGGGAACGGAAUACCUGCAGCAGCUGAUGAGUCCAGUCAGACUGGCCUCGAGCAAGGCACUGGACUGCUAGCUGCUCUCGGUAAGAAUGUCAGCCAAAUCUCUGCAGUGAUUUAGAGCGGUGGAAGGGUUUUUCCUCGCAGGGGGAACAAACUCUUGUUGCUGACAAAGGCAGGACCAUCUCUCACACGGCUGAUGGAUUCUAACAUCCCAUCCAAACCUCAAAUGUCUUUUAUUAUAUUUUUAUUAUUUUACCAGCCAAGUUGCAGUGCAGAAUGGAAGCAAGGCCAGCUGUGUUUCAUAAUUUAGGAAAAAUUUACCAGCCAUGCCCAGAUUCUACCAGCAGUUAGUCAGUGGACGGUGCUAAUACCCACCUUUUUUUGUAGUGGAAACCAGGGGAUGCUGAAAAAGAAGUGUGGUUUGACUUAGUUUAUAAUCAUGAGGCCAAGCUGCAUGAGUGACCUUUUAAUAACCUGAUUUGGCAGAUUAGGUAUCGAGUAAUCCUGAUCCUGUUUCCAAUUUGACCAUCCAACAGGCACUUGUGAUGGAGUAUAUUUGUACUUUUAGGGGUUACCAGUUGCAAAUAUUUCUGUUACCUGAAGAAAAGUAUUAUUAUUCUGGACUUUUCUCAAAUUUUUGCUUCAUUUUCUUGUGAAAUACGGGACUGAUUUACCUCUUCAGGCUAGCAGGUUUGUUCAAAAAACACUGUUUGUGUCUGAAACCUACUCAGCUCUACUGCUAGCAACAUCAGCAUUGUAGCUAAGUUGUUUUUCUGCUGUAAUGUGAAUACGCCUUAAUGGGUCUUUAUAUAUUUAUAUAGCGGAUGUUAAAGCUGUAUUGGUCUCAACACCCAGCUAAUCCUGAACAUCUGCAGUCUGACGCCAUCUGAAGAGAAACUGAUUCAAACAUUUCUAGACUGGAACUUUUGAUUGUUAUUAUAGUAUAAAUUACCACAAGGCAAAAGCAGGUAUUGUUUGAUCUGUGGCUGUUAAAUUUUUUAAUAUGUUGUAAAUAUUUGGCUGGUAAAAUUUUAAGAAACAGCAGGUAGAGUUUGGAACCUAUACACUUGCCUCAAAUCGCUGUGUGUGCAUCAGGACCUCAGCCUUUUUGUUAUUUUUCUCUCACAGCAGGCUGGACUAGCCUCACUCUCCUCAAACGCCACAUAGACACGAAUAAACUGAUCCAGCACCAGUGUCUAAAUGGCUGAAAAUAAUUUCAAAAAUCAUAAGAUGGGUUCAGUUCCAGGUACUUUUUGCUUCCCAAGCAAAUCAGCCGUUGUCAGAUAUCUGUAGCAGCUCUUUAAAUCCUUCCUACCCAUCAUGGAUAACCCACUUGUGAUUUGAGGAAGACUUAACCCAAUGAAGCUGAUUUUUUAAAUGUAUCAGCCUGUAAUGUAAUGCAAAUACAAAAGUAAUAUUGUCAGUAAUUUAAGGAUUAGUUUACACGUCAGGCAGUGACUUAUAGGUUAGUGAAGAUUGUUUUUGUUACCAGAAGGUUUUGGGUUUAAAUCGUAGAGUAAAAGAGUGAAUUCUUUCUCAGUAGCAACUGCCAUGGUGCCUUUUGAGCAAGGCACUUAACCCACAAGUGUUCCAGUGGCCAACAGUAGAAGGCUGUGGUUGUACUGGACUGCUCACAGUUGUCAGUGUCUCUUCAUCUGUUAGCGUAAGGCAAAAUGUUUCGUCUUCACCCGAGUAAUUCAAGGUUCAAGUUUACAUCUGAAGAAGGCUCUUGAAGCAAAGGAAGGGAAUUUGAAUUUGAGGAAGAGUGUGUCUUCAGUGGAACUGAAACCGUCGUUAACUGACCCGCCAUCCGCCUGCACUCCUGACAGUCCGUUUCCUCACAUCUGUGUCCAGUUAGGGAUGAAGCACAUUGGUGUUAAUUCGGAGCAUCACAAAUGCAUUUUUAAGUUUCAUUUUUCGAGAGAUUAUGGCUUUCACUUUCUGUGUCAGAAAAACCCACUGAAAUCAUCAAGUACUAUCAUUUACUUGGACAAGUUCUUAAACUUCUUCAAUCACCUUAAAAAUGUGUAAAUUAUAGUUUCACGCUUUACAUGAAGAUGCUGCUCAUUUGAAGCUCUAUACGUGCUGUCAACAACAACACAUAUGCUGCAUAAUGUGUAUUGUCCCGAACAAGAGCCAUGGAUGUGUUGAAAACUUAUUUCUCAAUCAGUUUUGCCUGUUGUGCUGGACGUCUGAUAACAAGCAGGAAAAUUGUCAAAUCUUUUUUUGUUUUGUUUUGUUUUGUUUAUUCUUUAAUGUAUUUCUAUGAUAUAUGGACUCUGGCCUUUUUGUCUGUUUUGUUUAUGUUUGAUAAACUCAGGACUCCAAAAGGCUUUGUAAUAUAAUCCUUUAAACUUUUUUAUCCCACAUUUUUGCGUUAAUGUUGCUUUUUCUAAUGCAGUAGUCACUCAAGAGCUUUUCAAGAACGCACUGUGGCAGUGCAGUUUUAUACUCCUCUCUUUGAUAAAAAAAAAAGAGCUUUUGUUUACAACCUGGAUAUUUGUAUGUGAGCCUGUGCUGCUCUCCUGUCUGUGCAUGAAUGUGUGAGUGUGUAUGCACACUUGUAUUAUAAAUGGUUAGUAUCAACACGCUGCCAACUGGGCCAAAUUUCCCUGCAUCAGACACACACAGAUAUUCUUUAAAAGAGGUCCAUCUUAACAAAUGUAGCAAAUUUGUUUUUUUGUUGUUGUCUUUUUUUUGUUCUUUUUUACAGAAUAUUGCUGCAAGAGAUUGGAUUUCUUUAAACCAAGUAAACUGUUUGUCUUCAUGUGCAAUUUUUCAGUAACAUUAUUUCGGUGCAGUGGCAGAUCAUUUUGCAGAUUUCAACUACAGGUAGAAAGAUUAUUUUCAGGACCUUGCUUUCUAACAAAUAAGCAGUGUUAAAGCAAGACACACAGUGACAACAAUGACAUUUCUCAUGAAACCAGCAUAUUUUUUUUCAAGGUUUCAAGUCAGUGUAUUAUGAAGUUAAUUUGAAAUGUUCCUUUUUACGUUUUAGUAAGUCUGAAUAAGAAAACGAGUAAACUUUAUUUUUAAUGCACACAGACUGACACACACAUACUGCUCAUGUCAGCUCCCUCUGCUGGCUGUUACCUGAACUGUUACUUGUCUGUGUUUCCACAAACAGACACUGAGGUUUCCCUUAACCUUCAUAGCUUCAUAGUUUUAAUUAUUUCUAAUGGCAAAUUAACAAUAUCUCAAACACUAAUUAUCUAUUUAUUAGCUAAAUUGGAUUAACUAAAAAUGCAGCCUUCUUUUUCAAAAUGCUAAAGGAGAAAACAACUUCCUUUUACUUACUUUUAUGUUCAUUUCUCAACAUUUAACAUUUAAAGUACCACAAAUAACCAUUACUGAGGCCAAAGAUAGCUAUAACCUCACCAGUCUUCACUCACACUGUUGAAUUGUCAUCACACCAUGUAUCCAACUUUCUUAUAAAUGUCUCAUUUUGGAAUGAAACCCUCAUUCUUUGAGUAAAUGUAGUGAUUAAAUGAUUAUUUGUGGGACAUUUGCACCACUUGUGUGAGCUAUGAAUGUAGAUUGGAAAACCUCAGUCAUUCCUCAGUCACUCGUACCACACAAAAACUGACUUCAGCUGUUUUACAGUGACCUUUCUCAGAGCCUUCAGAGGAGUGGACCCGGUUUGUACCCUGUUGUAAAGUUAUUAAAGAAAAGUAUACAA